UUUCUUCUUAAUUUUCUGUGUUUUACCGAUAAGUGAUAUAAUACGGUAUGACUAACGUUUAUAAUGAUGCUGAUAAUGAGUAUGUAGAAGAAAAAAUUCAACGUUUUACGAAUUCUUGGCAGGAAGUGUAUAAUCUUAAUGCAUGGGCCAGUAUAAUUUAUCUUGUAUUCUGGUUCCCUCCAUGGACUUUAUUUUGCUUCGUAUGGGUACUCUGUACUGGUUCAAUAAGUGUUGUUUUUUCGUUGGUGCUCCCUCCUUUGGGAUAUUUAUUUUCUAUAGCGACCGUAGCUUCUUGGAGAUCUUUGGCUAGAAUUGAAAACUCCACUUUAUCCGAUUACAAAAAUUUCGCUUACAAAUCCAGUUUAUCCAAAUACAAUACGACUUGGAAUAAAAUUUUGUUUAAAUAAAUAUACUUAUGAUUGUUUUUCUUAUUUCGUAUUAUAUAAAUUUUUAUUUUUUUUAGUAUUUAUUAUGAUUUUUCAAAUAUUUAUAAUUAUAGCUUUACCACCUUUUAUAUACUUUGGAUUACCAAUAAUUUGUACUUAUUGUAGUAAAUUUGGUGAAAAAUUAAUCUUAGAUUCUAGAAUUAUU